GCUGACUUCGGUAUAUCCCAGCUGGAGAUGCGCUCGCCGCGAGAGCCGCCGCCUACUUCGACGGCCGUAUAACUAGAAAAGUCGCAUUGCGGCCUCUGCUCGCCUGUUUGCUUCUCCGCGACUGUCCUGCCCGCCUGUCUUGUUCGCUCUGCAUCGCCGCCGGGCGCUUUGGGAAGUUGCGACCAACGCCCGUCCGACUCGACUGCACCUCAGAUAUCCGGAUAUCGCUCUUCGCUGCCUUCACCUUGCCCUACGUCACCCGCCCAGAUGCCUUCGCGGGCAAAACUGAACCGGUAGCCCUUGACCUUACUCCCCAACAUCGCCAGCCUCUCCACCGCGACGGCAGAAAACCAUGGCGUCGAGCAUGCAGCAGAUGGCUGCCACGAUUACCGAGCGCUCCAAGACACUCAUAAACAACGACCUCAAGAAGAUUCUCAAGGAGGAGGGCACCUCGCAGACGGGCAACAAGGCCGCACUGCAAGCGCGCGUCAUUGGCCUCAUCACCAAUGCGGUUGCUAGGAGCGACACCGACCUGCUGCGGCGACUGCAAUACCGCGUACAACACCACGGCGAAGCGCCUCCCCCAGCCACGAGCAGUCCGGUCGCCUCCUCGUACUCGCAGCCCCCUCCGCCCAUCGCCAAUGGGUACACCAUGGCCAACGGCUACCAAAACAACGGCGCAUACCAGCCAUACCAGCAGCCCCAGCAGCCACCCAUGCCGCCUCGCCCGACCUAUUUCUUCAAGGACAGCCCUUUCUUUGAGAUUCGCGAGCUGAUACUGAGUAAUAUGUCUUUGGACGCUUCGCCCACUCACCGCGCCACCAUAUCGCGUAACCUCACCCUCAACGAAAGCCAGUCCGGACGCCUAAAGACAGACCCAUCUUUGCGCUUACUGCUCUUCUCUGCGCUCGAACAGCCAUUGGCUCCCUACUCGCGUCUCGACAUCGCAUUCCCAUCUCAAAUUGAGGUCAAGGUCAACGACGACGAGGUCAAGGCGAACUACAAGGGUUUGAAGAACAAGCCAGGUUCUACGCGCCCCGCCGACAUUACCGACUUCGUGCGCACCAAGGUCGCCAACCAGCGCAACAGCAUCCUCAUCACCUACGCUCUGACUCAGAAGAAAUACAACCUCUUCGUCUACUUGGUUAGAAAGUUCUCGGUCGACGAGCUCACACAGCGCAUCAAGCAGCGCAACGUUAUCACGAGGCAGUCUGUGCUCAAUGAGAUGAUGAAAAAGGCCAAUGACCCCGACAUCGAAGUCGGCUCCAGCGUCAUGUCCCUCAAGGAUCCAAUCUCCACCCUGCGCAUCGUCACCCCAUGCAGGUCGACCGUGUGCACACACAAUCAGUGCUUCGAUGCCGACUCAUUUCUUCAGCUCCAAGAGCAAGCUCCCACAUGGACAUGCCCAAUAUGCAGCAAGACCAUAUCAUACGAAGGCUUGGCUGUCGACCAGUAUGUGGAGGAGAUUCUCAACAAGGCCCGAAAUACGGACCAGGUCACCAUCCAGCCAAGCGGACAAUGGUCGACCGAAAAGGAUGAGAAGCCCAAACAAAACGGGCACAAUGGGCGUCAUGACGAUAGUGACGAUGACCUCAUCGAGAUUCCAGAUUACCGUAUACAGGCCAUCAAGACCGAAGCUGCGCCGACACCAACUUCGCUCAGCACCCCUCCUCUGCCUUCUCGGGAGACGUCCACAGCCCCCCGGUCUGGCCAGAAGAGAAAAUCCGAAGUAGUGGAUCUGACCUUGAGCGAUGAUGACGAGCCAGUAAGACCAACGAAAAAGGUAGCGUACACUACCCCCAAUAGCCUCCCUGACCCGCCCCGUCGGUAUCAUUUACCUCCCCUUGGCAGUCACUCUGCUGCUCAUAGUCGUCCACUGCCACCAACCUACCACAGUGGGUCUGCCAGCAUGCGUUCUGAUUACUCCCGGCCUCCAUCUACACCUCCACCACGGCAUGGGUAUCAAUCCUAUCGACCAGCACAGCCUGCUUCGCGGCCUAGCUAUCCUGGACAGGGGCAGAAUAACCGGGACCAGACGAGGUAGCACAUCAUCCACUUAGGCCGUUCACAAUAUUGCGGACCAUUGCGCCACGGGCAUCCUGCGUAGGCUGAUCAAGUGAUGCUCUCUACAUCACACACUCAUCUCUUUCCUAAUUUGUCAAGGAAACUUAGCGCGAGGCGUUUGGGGGAGGCUACAUUUCAUGACCA